CUGGCAUGCAAAUAUCUCCCGCUGGGUGCAAGCCGUGGCGCACGUUGGUUACCAUUCCAGACGCCAUGGUGUCCUCUCGCUGCGCCGUCCUGCCCCACCCUGCCGGAGUGGCCCCUCGUCGCCGGCAACACCUACCCGCACAGGCGUUCUGGGGGACGGAGAGGAGGCGGCGGAGGCGGCUCGUGAGCUUCGAGGCGCCGCCUCGGUGCCACAAGAUGUAUGUUCCCGGCUUUGGAGAGGGCUCACCAGAGAAAAAGGCGGCGAUUAGUCUGCUGAACUUCUUCAAUUACCUGGCCGUCAGGAUUGUGCUGGCACAGCUUGAGAGUUACAACCGAGAAGCCUAUGUUGAGCUCAAGGAGUUCACCACCCGCAACUCCGUGAACGACGCUGAUAGUUUCUGCAAAAACCUGAUCCGCGAGUCGCCAAGACACAAGGCAUUAGCUAUGAGGAUUUUGGAGGUUCGAUCGGCUUAUAUGAAGAAUGAUUUCGAGUGGGACAACCUGAAGAAGCUAUCGUUCAAGAUGGUUGAUGAGGCCAACAUAAAGCUCAUGAGGGAUUAUGUCCUGGAGACCAGCCACAUAGAAGACGACGAGUGAAGAUAUCACAUGUAUCCUCGGCACGUCCGCCGUGCAGGCCUCGAUCGAUCGACAGCUCUGCACACGCACAUGAUUUGGUUAUGUUCUUUAUUACCAAGUGCAGUUCAAACUACGUGUAUUUUGUUGAAAAUAUUAGCACUUUCUCGAUUAAUCUAAUCCACGAGUA